AUGAAUUCUUCCAUUAUCCAUGUCUACAUCGGUUUAGACUUUGGGACGACGUUUUCCAAGGCAGCCGUGGCGAGAUAUCCUGGCGUCAAACCGGCGGUGGCUGUCAUCCCCUCCACCCUAGUACGAAAUACCGUUUCGAACGAUGUCGAAUUCGUUCACUCUCGUCCUAGGACCAUUGAGCACGCCAAGACCAUGCGAUAUCUCAAGCUCGCACUCAUGGAGCCCGAAGGUCAUCAUGACGAGCGGUCCGACCCAAACCUCCUUCAAUUCAUCCAGGACGAGCUCCGGACCAACGCAGCUUCUGCAACCCCGGGGACCAGCCACGCUUCGAUGGUCCUCAAAGGCCUUUGGGACAUGGCGAUUAGGAACUUGUCGAACGAAAAUUGCCUCUUGAAUGUAGCGAUUACAUACCCUUCCUGUUGGGACACACAGGAGCUGGGACGAUUGCAGAAGGCGGUUAACGAAGCAGAGAUCCCGAGACAAGCGACUACCAUACAAUACGUGCCAGAACAAAUAGCGGCGGCAUUUGGAGUUGUUCAUGAGUACCAAAACGAGAUCGUGCAAGAUCUUCAGGAUUCCGCGCUUUGCAAGCUCAAGCCGUGUCCAGUCCGAAAUGUCGUCCCAGGAGACUGUGUACAUGGAGAAUCGUCCCUCUACGGCACUAAGGCUAUGGAAAUUGCAUUUGAGACCCUGAUCUCUAACAAGCUCUCCCGAGCUACUAUCCCUAUGUCCAUUGAUCCUGAAAUGGUGAAGAGUGCUGCUCGUAUGGACUGGAACAGAAGCAAGCUUCCAGGAGUAAACCUCCUGUCCCUGCCAUUGUUCCAAGGGAUGAUUUUCAAGGCUCCGGAGGGCCCGUUCCGAUUUGGCAUUAAUCAGGACGACGUCUUGUCGAUCUUUCAGGAGCCCGUUGAUAGGGUCGUUGAUAUCGUCAAACGUUUCCGCGAGUCGGCGAAAGGGCACAAUACCAAGCCCAAGGCUCUUUUCCUCACCGGAGGACUUUUCGGAAUCGCGUCUAUCGCAGCCAGAAUCGAAAAACAGCUGAAGUCCGACAGCUUCGAUGUCAUCGUCACCCCCCGUGAUUCUCUGCAAAAGGUCGUUGCCCGUGGUGCCGCCGCGUGGCUGCGUGGAAAUUGA